CCGCCCCGGAGGCGGUCCCGGCCUGUGCGGAUAGAAAUAGGCGGCGCGGCAGCUGCCGGCACAUCGUGAGCGGAGCCGGCCAGAGCAGCAGCCCGGACUGUAGCACCACUCCUUCCCCGGCUGCCUCGCGUGGAGAUUCUCCUGCCUUUCUUCUCUUGUUAUAUUUUUUUCCAAUUUAAAAGGGAAGAUAGUUUUUAAUUUUUUUUUUUUUUAAUAUCUGGGGUUUUUUUUUUUUCCACCCCGCUUUCCAUCGCGGUUCGCAGCGGGGCUCGCCCUCGCUCCCUCUCAGCGCGCAGCGGCUGCGCUGGGGCCAUUCCUGCCCGGCUUUGUGCCCUGCAAACCCGGCCCUCCUCUUCCUCCUCCUCCUCCUCCUCCCCCUCCUGCCGUAAAACCUUCACGAGGCUCGCAGCAGCAUCCGAAAGCGCCGCAGCCGCUCGCCCAAACCACCGACUGCAACAAAAACCCUUUUUAUUUUAUCUUUUUAUCGUAUAUUUCCCCCACCUCCUUCCCCCUCCCCUUUUUUAUUUCUCCUCCUCCCUCCCUCAAACGCAUCAAGGUGGACGCGGAGCGCAAAAAGACCUUUGUUUUAAAAAUGCCCAUGGAGCUGACGCAAAGCCGCAUCCAGAAGAUUUGGCUUCCCAAUGACAACCGCCCGGCGCUGCCUCGCCGCUCCUGUGGGCCUCAGCUUGCCAAUUCCCCCACUGUGAUAGUCAUGGUUGGCCUCCCAGCCCGUGGCAAGACCUACAUCUCCAAGAAGCUGACUCGCUACCUCAACUGGAUCGGUGUCCCCACAAAAGUUUUCAAUGUUGGGGAGUAUCGCCGCGAGGCCGUGAAGCAUUACAGCUCCUACGACUUCUUCCGUCCUGACAACGAGGAAGCCAUGAAAGUCAGGAGGCAAUGUGCCAUGGCUGCCCUGAGGGAUGUGAAGCUGUACCUGACGGAGGAGGCCGGGCAGAUUGCGGUUUUUGAUGCCACCAAUACCACGCGGGAGAGGAGAGGGAUGAUCCUAAACUUUGCCAAAGAGAACGGGUUCAAGGUGUUCUUCAUUGAAUCUGUCUGCAAUGAUCCCAACGUAGUUGCCACCAAUGUUAUGGAAGUCAAAUUGUCCAGCCCAGAUUACCGGGACUGUAAUUCCACUGAUGCCAUGGAGGAUUUCAUGAAGAGGAUCAAUUGUUACCAGGCCAGCUACCAGCCCCUCGACCCUGAUGACUAUGACAGGGAACUUUCUCUCAUCAAAGUCAUCGAUGUCGGCCGGCGGUUCCUGGUCAACAGGGUUCAGGACCACAUCCAGAGCAGGAUUGUGUAUUACCUGAUGAACAUCCACGUCCAGCCCCGCACCAUUUACCUCUGCCGGCACGGGGAGAGCGAGUUCAACCUCAAGGGGAGGAUUGGAGGCGACUCUGGCCUCUCCAACAGGGGCAAGAAGUUUGCAGUGGCACUGAACAAAUUCGUGGAAGAGCAGAACCUGAAGGACCUCAAAAUUUGGACCAGCCAGCUAAAGAGGACAAUCCAAACAGCAGAAGCUCUCCAGCUGCCCUAUGAGCAGUGGAAGGCACUCAAUGAAAUCGAUGCUGGUGUGUGUGAAGAAAUGACCUAUGAAGAAAUCAGGGAGCAACAUCCAGAGGAAUUUGCUCUGCGUGACCAGGAUAAAUAUUACUACCGUUAUCCUUCUGGGGAGUCCUACCAAGACCUGGUGCAGCGCCUGGAGCCAGUCAUCAUGGAGCUGGAGAGGCAAGAGAACGUCCUUGUCAUCUGCCACCAGGCUGUCAUGCGCUGUCUCCUGGCCUACUUCCUGGACAAGAGUGCAGAUGAAAUGCCCUACCUAAAAUGUCCCCUGCACACAGUGUUGAAGCUGACCCCGGUGGCCUAUGGCUGCCGGGUAGAAUCCAUCUCACUGAACAUUGAAGCAGUCAACACCCACAGAGACCGGCCAGAGGAAGCAAAGAAGGGACCUAACCCGCUCAUGAGACGUAAUAGCGUUACCCCUCUAGCAAGCCCAGAGCCCACCAAAAAACCUCGCAUCAACAGCUUUGAGGAGCAUGUGGCUGUUUCUUCUGCCCUGCCAGGCUGUGUUCCUCAGGAAGUGCCCACGCAGAUGCCGGGACAACCUUUACUAGGGAAGGCAUGCCUAAGACCCGUUUGUCACUUUCUCAAAGUUUUCUCUUUGCUAAUAUUUCCAAGAACAUGAACAACUCCCAGAAGCCGUCGUGACUCCGUGGGCACCGUUGUGAGGCCGCCGGCGCCGCCAGCUUCUCAUCCCAUCGCCAUUCCCGAAGCUUGCUGCCAACCCGGGCGGGGCUGGCUCCGCUCCCGCUGCCCGCUCACCCGCCAAACCCCGCGCUGCUGAGCGGGGAGGGAUGCAGGAGAGCCGAGGAGGAGCCCAGCUCCCUCCCGGGGUCACCACCAGCGCUCCAGGCUGCAGCGUUUGCUCUCCUCUCCAGCAUCCUGUUAGGUCGUAGCGAGCUGUAAAGUGCUUCUGUAGUGCACAGGAGUUUUAAUUUUCUUCUCUUUCAGUGGUUUUUGAUCUUCUGUAUAGAUGAUUGGUACCCACCCAUGCCUGGGUGGGGUGUGUAUAUAUGUGGAUGGUGCGGGGUUAGUAGAGAAAUAGGGGGAAGGGGGUGGGUAAAGGGGUUUUGCAUUAUUUUUUUAAUUAUUAAUGUUGUUGAUUACUUUUGAACAAGCCCCUAACAUGCUGUGCUGCAGUCCCUCACCCACACUACAGCUGGUCACACAUCCCAGCCUGGCUCAUGCAGAUCUGUGAGCACCAGGAAAGCAGCUGUGUGAACUCCUUCACUGCAAGAACUGCUGGGUUUAAUAAAAAAAACCAACCCAUUCUUUCACUUUUUUUUUUUUUUUUAAUCAACAUACCUUAAAGGGGUUUGCAGAGAAUUUGUAGAUCUGCUGCUGAAACUGGUUGAAAGAUUCCUUCAGUGCAUGAGGAACCAUGCCAGCAGGGGCUUGGGUGAUGCUUUCAUCUUGGGGAGCACCCAGGGAUGGUCUGAGUUCAGGCAUGGGUUGAAUUUUGGGAAGGCUAGGCACUGUUUGAGGUGCUGUGCUGGUACUUCAUCUCCCCUUUCUUCUUUUUUUAGAUGGAAGUGGAGGUAUUGGGAGGAGUUUGAAUCCCCAGGCUUAGAUGCAUUUUGUAGACACACAGGUCUCAUGGUGGUGGCCAGAGGUCUGGCUGGGUUGCAGGAGUCCCUGUCUGACUGCAAAGAGCCAGAAGAAGGGACAGUUUUGUCUGUGUUUUUUUUUUAAUUUUAUAUGUACAUGCACGCACUUGUGUGUGUAUAUGUGUAUACUUAGAAACUGCUUGGUUUUUGCACUUUAUUUGUGGCAGAAGCAUAACUACUUUAUUUUUUUCCUAGUUGUGCCCCUUAACAGGGGAAGCCUGAAUACAGGCAACUUUUUCUGUUUGUUUUUAAUUGUAUUUUGCAUGCUGGAAAGCUGGGACUACAAAAUAAUAGUAGUUACAGUGUUUGAGGUGGUAGGGGGAAUGGGGUGAGGACCUGACUGACUCCAUCAAAGCACUCCUAGUGCUUUGAUCCAUAAGAUCCCUUGUUGGCAGCCUGUCCUGGGCUGGGAGACAGCAGUUAAAAAUGGCAAUUAACCACUAUUGCUUUGUGCAAAAGUCUGUGGAUUUUGGAAUUUUUUUUUUUUUUAGGGUUUUGGGUUGGUUUUUUUUUUCCCCAUCUAUGUGUAGCAUCUUCUCCAUGCCCAUCUCAUGUUUUUUUUUGCUGGAGGCAGGAGGUGAAGGUAGCCACCCCUCCUGCAGCACUAGGCUGGGGAACUAGGGGUGGGCAACCCUUUGGAUUCAUCCUUCCCAUGGCUUUCCUGUGCAGGGAAUACCAUCCCCAGAGACGGAAUCAGAGAGCUUUGGUGGAGAAACGAUUUUUCUGUGAGCGUGCACACGUUUUGGGGGUGGGUUUGGUCUGUUUUUUUUUUCCCUUUGGGAAAAGGUGAACCACAGUGCCUCGCGCUCCGGCCUCGCGCUCGGAGCGGCACCGACGGCGGGAGGGCUCCGGGGCCACGCUCAGCCCGUGUGCCACGGGGGUGACAGUCCUGGCAGUGCCCUGCCUGGUGAGCUUGUGCAUAUGUGUAUCAUAUUCCUGUACAGAUAAAACAAAGAGCACUCCCCCCCUGCCCUCUGCUUGAUUUCUGUUUUAAUAUCCUCAUUAAAAGCCGACUUCUCCCUUUGCGCCCUGGGCGGCAGCUGCGCUUUCGGUUUCUCUGCCUUUCAGAUAAAUGAAUGUUUUGGGGAGGCAGCUCACUUGGCUCUUUUCGACUUCCUCCUUCGCGGGGAGUUUUUAUCUCUCUCCUGCUGCUGCUGCUGCAAAAAGAUAAGCCAGCGAAUACAAACAUGACGUCUGGCUGCCCCCGAGAUCAAACCUGUACACGUGUAAUUGCGCGGAUGUUUUGGUGUGUAUUUGUGUGUGUAAAUAUAUAAAUAUAUAUAUAUAUAAAAAAGGAAAAAAAAAAAAACCAAAAUGGCCCUAAACUUUCGUCCUUUAGUAAUAAUAGAUGUCUCAGUAGGUCGAUGUAAACCUGAAAUUUGAAGGUGGUGGUUUUUUCCAGCACUGGGAAAACCACUCACUUGGGUUCCUCUUUUGCUGGAGGGGUUGGUGUGAUGGUGUCAACCCUGUGCCAUCACAACUGCCCUAAAAAACUUGCUGGCCAUCAUUUUGGUUAACAGAGCCAAGGCAAAUUGGCAGAGAGGACAUGUCAAACCACACCAAUGAUUUCUUCCCCCAAUUUUUUUUUUCUUCUCUGGUUUUCCUUUGUGAUACUUGAAUUUAUUUUUUUUAAUUUUUUUUUUUUUAAUAGCAAAGCACUCUUUAUUUAUUUAAUGUAUACUGCAAAGCUUGGAGAGAAGGGUGUAGUUAUUUGGGAUUCCUUUUUUUCUGAUUUGUGGUAUGUUAACUGUUCUGUAUAUACGUCUGGAAUAAUUGCCUGAUCUAAAGCUGUGCCAGCUUAAAAACAGGGUAUGCCUUUCAGAAAUUUGUAUAUUUUGCAGAUGCUGGACCAAUAAAAUAUCUUGUUGAAAUACA